CCAGAAUCAAACUUCCAGGCCAAUGCAAAGGCCAAUGAUAAAUCAAAAUAGACCUUCAUACUUUCAGCCUACUAAUUAUUCAUUCAGUCAGCCGAACACUUCAACAUUUCAACCUAGGUUCAAUUCGACUUUUCCGACUGGACCUGUAAAUUUGCCAAGACCAGUUUAUCGUCCUCAGAGAUUUCCGAAGAAUUCUCAAGUUUUUAGACAAACACAGAAUAACAGAAAUGUAUUCAAACCUAACCCUAACCGUACUUUACCACAAACUACUCCUAUGAGUACUUCUACUAGAAUUUCUUUCAAACCUGAACAUAAUUCGACAGCCCAGGAACAACCAAAACCAAAUUGGAUCGCUGAAGAGCUAUUCAAUACAGAGACAGAAAGUAAUAACACCUAUGAAGUUCCUGGUAACGAAUCUUUUGUUUGCGAUCAAACUGUAGCUGAACCACAAAAUUCAGAUACAUAUUUCACUGAUCAAUACUGCGAGUAUUAUACACAAGAUAUUCCUGAAACUGAUCACGUAGAACCACCUCAAAAUUUUCAGAAGGACUCAUUCAUAGACCACAAGACCUAGCACCAGAAGUAAUUUCACUUAACGCCAGCAAUGCGAAUAUGGAAUUAAAAUUCAUUUAUUGAUCCCAGUAUUGCUCGUAAAUUUUUUCCAAAUUUAAUCAGAGAUGAUCCAUUUGUUGUAUCAACUGUUUUUCAAAAAUCCGCUCACAAAUAUAGU